CUUCAGCACUAGUUCUCACCGAUCUUAAUGAUUACAUUGCUCCUUCACAAGCUUGUAUUAAACCCAUUGAAGUACAAAAAUCUGAAGACAAAGGACCUUCCGAGAUCAAGGUUGACACAGAAGGCGCUUAUUACGAGAUCAGUCAAGAUGGAGGAGAAGAAAAGCUUGAAAAGGCCUCUAUCUCCUUAAAUGAUUGCUUAGCUUGCAGUGGCUGCGUAACGUCUGCAGAAAGUGUCUUGAUUUCUAUGCAAUCACAAGAUGAAUUAAUUAAAAUUUUACAGCAAAACAAGGCCGCUAUCGAACAAAAUCAACCCCAAAACCAUCGCACGAUUGUUAUCUCUAUCAGUCCUCAAUCAAGAGCUUCAUUUGCGGCUAAAUAUCAACUGUCACUUUUACAAGUUCAACACAGACUUGUUUAUUUCUUCAAGCACUUUUUAGGUGCACAUCAUGUUUUCGAUAUAGCAUUUACUCAGGAUUUGUCGCUAGUAGAAUCUGCACGAGAAUUUACAGAUCGCUUUAAGCGUUAUAUGCAAAAUGGAGGUGAAGCACUGGAAGCUGUUCUGCAACAAGCGGAUAUCGAAAAAGCAUCCAUGGAAGAAGAAGGCAAGCCUAAAGUACGUGCUAGGAGAAGAGCAGGUGCUAAAGCGGAUAAAUCGAGUGAAUCCAUCAAUCAGGACUUACCUAUGUUGGCUUCCUCUUGUCCUGGAUGGGUUUGUUAUGCUGAAAAGACACAUGGAGAAGUAUUGCCAUUUAUCACCGCAACCAAAUCUCCUCAACAAAUGAUGGGAUCACUUGUUAAAGACUACUUUGCAAAGAAGACUGGGCUAACACCUAAUCAGAUUUAUCAUGUUUCCAUCAUGCCAUGUUAUGACAAAAAGCUGGAGGCCAGUAGACCCGAUUUCUUUCUAGAACAAUAUAAUACAAGGGAAGUCGACUGUGUUUUGACAACAAGCGAAAUUGACAAGAUGGUUAUUGAACACAACUUGGAUUUUACCCAGUUGACUGAAAGUCCAAUUGAUGAUAUGUUCAACAAAGUUGGUAUUGAUCCUACAACUCAAAUGGAAACAGCAUAUGGUGUACCCGGUUCAUCUUCAGGAGGUGCUCUAGAGUACAUUUUUGCGACCGCAGCUCGUGAAUUAUUUAAUAUCCAUGAUGUACCCAAUGACCCUUUGAAUAUGGCAUCACCUCGUGUGAUGAUAAAGACAGGUAAAAAUGCAGAUGUCAAAGAAUACUUUUUACAAGGUGAUGAUGGCCGUAUUUUGUUACGGUUCGCUACUGCUUAUGGGUUCCGUAAUAUUCAAAACAUUGUUCGCAAAAUUAAGACUGGAAAAUGUAACUAUCACUAUAUCGAAGUCAUGGCAUGCCCUGGUGGCUGUGCUAAUGGUGGUGGACAAUUGCCUGCUCAAGCAGAUUCAGAGCAGAUAGUUAAUGCUAAAGACUGGGUGAAUUAUGUAGAAAACAUUUAUCGCUCUUCACAAGGUGUUAAACCAGAAGAAAACGAAAUCAUCAAAAGUAUCUACAAUGAGUGGAUUAUUAAUCCCAGUUCUGAAAGAGCUAACCAACUUUUACGUACUCAAUACCACGCUGUAACCCAAAAUUUUGGGAAUCCUCUAGCUACUAAAUGGUAGAGAAAAAAAAGAACCAAACAUCUUAGACACCUUGUUAGACAAACGAUGUAAAUAAAACUUAAGGAAUGUUUUUUUAUUGUACC